GAAGGAAGAGGAUGCAGAUGGCAGCAGCUUAUCAGAAAACAAGGAACUUUCCAUGCUGUUCUUCUGCGCACAAGCAUUGAGCUUUAAGUGAUAAGUGAAAUUGUUCAGGAGGGAAUAUAUCCAACUAGGAGGAAACAGCCCUGCUGGAGCAAGCAGUAAGACCGAGAUUGUAGCUGGAUAAAUACACGCCAAGGGGAACCUGUACCCAGAUCGACCAGUAAUUUCAAGAACUGACGCACGACAGUUGCAAUGUUUUCAAGAACAAUAUCUGCAUUUCUUUCCAUCAUUGUUUGCACAUCUGCAUUUUGGAAUGUCAAAGCCACAACAAGUGGAGUUACUCCAUCUGAAGGCCAUGCGGCAGCUUCAGUAAGUACAGAGAACAUGCCUACUGACACAUCAGCUUUCCCAGAAACUACACUUUUUCCUGUCUUGAACAAAAGUCUGAAUUCAACAUUUUAUAAUGAAAGCUCCAGUGUUGUUCAUUCCACUAGGUUGUCGCCUGUAACGACACCUACACCUGUGAAGAACAGUACUGAGGCUGGAUCUAUUACCAUUGCUUCGAACAGUACUGAGGCUGGAUCUAUUACCAUUGCUUCCACAACUUUAAAUUUAUCUGUCACAGUACCAAAGACAGAACAUGAGAGCAGCACAGUCAUUGCUUCCACAACUUUGCUUACAUCUGCUAUUGCAUCAGAGACAGGACAUGUGAGCAGCACCAUUAAUGAAAGCAAUAGCACAAUAACUGUUCUUCCAACCCAAGAAAUGUCAACUCUUCAAGGCAAUACAACAAUGACAUUUCCUGUGGAACUGAAUUCAACUUCAGUGUCAGAUAAAAUUGGAAACAGUAUGACAUACUCUGAGACCAUCUUGACAUCCAUCUUUAGCACCAUCUUAGUUGUGGUACUGUUGACCAUUCUCGCCUUCUGUUUCAACAAAUAUAGAAAGAGAAGAUCUCAGUAUUCUCACCACCCUCUCCAUGAAAAUGUGUAUGAAUCAGAGGGUUAUUCUCCACCAGAUGAUACCCUUGUGAUAUCUGGAGGACUAUAUGAUGCACCCCGGAUAUAUAAUCCCAACAUGACAGUUUUAGAGGAAGAAGACUCUCAGCACGACUUUGUCUCAUUCAGCAGCAGACCAGGCCAAUUCAGACUUGAGUUUUUACCUGGUGAUAAAGACACGGAUCCAGCAUAUAAUGCUUCCUUAAGAAGAAAUGUUUGACUUGAGAUUUUGUACAACUGAUGGAACCAAAUGUUCCUUUUUAAUAGGUUCUAUGAAUUGCUUUUCUAAGUUGUUUGUUUUAUAAACACUGGUUUUAUGAACCCAAUCUAGAUUUUACCUCUUCUUAUUUAGAGUAUAUCUGCAAUGUAUUUGUCUAUUAUCAGGUUCCCCUUCUGUCUAAUGUUUAGGCAGCGGUGCUCUGUCUAGUUUUAUUGCUUGAUCAAAUCUCUUUGCAUGUGCCUUAUUUAUCAUAACCAAAUAAUUUAUAUCCUCAAAACAUUACAUUGUGAAUAAUUUGUAUUGUUAACUGAAUUUGAUAUGAACUUAAAGGGGCACUCCGGUGGAAAACUUUUUUUUUUUAAAUGAACUGGUGCCAGAAAGUUAAACAGAUUUGUAAAUUAGUUCUAUUAAUAAAUCUUAAUCCUUUCAGUACUUUUUAGCAGCUGUUUGCUACAGAGGAAAAUGUUUCUUUUUUCUCCAGAGCAGGAGACAAUUCCCAUAGCAAACCUAUGCUGCUCUGGACAGUUCCUGACAAGGACAGAGGUGUCAGCAGAGAGAACUAUGGACAACACAAAAAAGAAAUUCAAAUAGUAAAGAAUUUCCUCUGUAGCAUACAGCUGCUAAAAUGUACUAAAAGGAUUAAGAUUUUUUUAAUACAAGUAAUUUACAAAUCUUUUUAACUUUCAGGCACCACUUGAUUUAAAAAAAAAAAGUUUUCCACCAGAGUAGCCCUUUAAUGUAAGCGCUAAAGUGCCUUAUUACCAUAAGUACAAUUAUUCAGUAACACUUUAUUACCAAAUAUUGUUUUCGAACUUACUUUAAAUACAUUUUUCACAUUAAUAAUGCAUAUGUAAUUUUCCAAGUGUGAUGAAAUAUAUGAGCAACUUUGCCCACAUUAUUAUUACUAUUAAUUUUCUGUACAGGCAGGGUAUGUAAGGUAGUGAUACGUAGGAAUUCACACCACUACUAUGUAUGAAGCACACCUUAUUAACACUUGAUUUUGCUUUGUUCUUAUUUACAUAACUGUUUUCUUUUCCUUAGUCUAGUAAUAUAGUUUACAGUAGUGGUCAGAACACAGACACAGCUGAACCUGGCCCUAUGGUUUAUGGAGUUGUAAAAGAGUAUUUCCAAACAAUAAAUACAAAUUGGCAGUGGGUUAGUAAAUCACAUGUUUGAGUAGAAGUUACAAUCCCUGGCAAAAAUUACAGAAUCAAAACAGUUUUAGUAUAGUAUGUUCACUGCUUAAUAGCAGAACAUUCUGGCUUUAUGAACAAAUAAAAGUAAAUACAUUUAUUUAAUGUCAUAUAUUUUUCUGCAUAAAAAAUAUUUUAUAAUACAUUUUUCAGUUGCAUUAAAAUCUGAACUGUUUGUGUUGUCAUUGAAUUGAUAUAUGCUUUUUCUGAAAUAAAAGACUGAACACUC